GGUCGUGUCUCUUUCUCUCAGACGCUGCGGUACUUCCUCGUGUAAAUGAAAUUCGUAUUCUCACCCACUUCUGUGCUUCACCUCCACUAUUUCAAGGCUUUGUUUACAUUUACACGAGUUUUUAAAGGUGAUUUUGUGGUUCUACAGGCAGAGUGACAAGAUUUUUACAUUAUUAACGAGAGAAACACUCUUGAAAAUCCCGCUAGUCAUCUCUAUGGCCGUUGAAAUAAAGUAAAGCGUCUCUCAAUACGGGCCUGAAACAAUUUGGCACCAACACGAAUCUUUUCAGUACAGAUGCGGCCGUAACACCUGGCAGGGCAGCGCGACACCUGUACAGCUCUAGGGGGAACACAUGUUGAGUAAGGUGCGCGGGGAACUCAACUAUCGGGUGAGUGUAGUGUGUGUGCAUCUAUGGCCCGCUGAUCCUGUGUGCUGCGCCUCUGUGUGUCUGCGAGGGUCGUGUGACGCAAUUCUGUAGCCGCACGUGACACAAACCGAAGGAUAUCACGAGGAGCGCCACUAAGAGAGAUAAAACCGCGAGGGGGACUGACGUUUCCGCCCAUCACACACACACACACACACACACACACACACACACACACACACACACACACUGCCAAGUACUGUACGCAUGUUGAACAUUCUACCUGCGAUCUGAAGGAGCUACCACCACCACCAUCACCACCACAGCCACCACCACCACCGCCAUCUCUACUGACGGUGGUGACGCUGGUGGCCUUAUCGUGGUGCGUGAGGGAAGGGCACAAAGGAUCCAAUCGCGUCACCGGCUGCCACAAGGGAAUCGAAGAGUGAUGGACGUGUGAUCUAAUUCCUCGUUGUCUCGUGGACACUAGUGACGUAGGCGGCAACGGAGACGCCCCGCUGCCCGCCCUUCGCUCACAAUGGUGCUGGUGGAGCUGCUAUCGAGUCUGAGCGGUCUGGUGAAGGUGAGGAGUCAGGCGGACAUUGACAACGCGGUCUUCAAGCUCCACUACCGCGUCACCUCCACCAUGCUCUUCUGCUUCUGUCUCCUGGUCACUGCCAACAGCCUCAUCGGUGACCCCAUCAACUGCGUGCAAGGGGAUCACGCAAUGCUGAAGCCAAAGGUAGUAAACACGUACUGCUGGAUCCACACCACCUUUACUCUACCAAAGUACAUCAACAAGCAGUAUGGCAAGGGUACUGGCGUGGUGUACCCUGGGAUAGGCCCACACACCAUGGAGGACGACAGGGUGUACCACGCUUACUACCAAUGGGUACCUUUCGUUCUCUUCCUGCAGGCCCUCAUGUUCUACGCUCCUCACUGGCUGUGGAAGACGUGGGAGGGCGGUAAGCUUGAGUCGAUUGUGAUGGGUCUGUCUCUGCCUGUCAUGAACAAGGACGAGCGGCGGGAGAAGAUCCACCUGCUGGCUGAGUACCUCCACGCCUCCAUGCACUGCCACAACUUCUACGCCAUCAAGUUUUUCCUGUGUGAACUCCUGAACCUUGGCAACUCUGUGUUCAACAUGUGGUUUAUGAACAAGUUUCUAGGAGGAAUGUUCUUCACGUACGGCAUCGAUGUGCUGGCCUUCACGGAGACCAACCAGGAGGAACGCACGGAUCCCAUGAUUGUGUUGUUCCCGAGGGUGACCAAGUGUAGCUUCAACAUGUACGGCCCCUCUGGCACCAUCGAAACCCACGACCUCAUGUGUGUACUGGCCCUCAACAUCAUCAACGAGAAGGUGUACGUGUUCCUGUGGUUCUGGUUCCUCAUCCUGGCGGGGAUCAGCACCCUGGCCCUCGCGUACCGCCUGCUGGUGUUCUGCAUCCCCGCCAUUCGGUCCGGGUUGCUGCAGAAGCGGGCACGGAUCAGGUACAAGCCGGGCCUGGAAGCCAUCGCCACCAAGCUGCACGUCGGGGACUUCUUCCUACUGUACCUGCUCAGUAAGAACGUGGAGCUGCUCUCGUUCGGCUCGCUGAUGGAAGAGCUCUCCUCCCGCCUGGUGAAGAGGAACAUCCACCCGGACCUGGAGAUGACGCCCCGCCCCGUGCCCGCCGUGGAGGCCUACCAUCUCAUCAACGAACACGCGUGACGCUGUCCCCUGCCGCCACGCCCGCCCCUGCCAACACUCCCCCGCUCCUCGCUGGACGAUGUGUACAAAGCCCACACCUCACCACUGUACCACCUGAGUGUGCGGGGAACGUAAGGCGGCGGGGCGGCAGGUGGGCGAGGCGAGGCAGUGCUCAUCGCGACACACUACACAGGCCGCCUCCUCCACGCUGACACAGUGGCACCGUCACGCUGCCACUCUGGUUCCUUCCCUUCAUCUGGCACAAGAUGGACCAUUUGCUCACCAGGCUUCACGGUCCACGAGGCUUCACGGUCAGCGAGGCUUCACGGUCCACGAGGCUUCACGGUACAAGAGGCUUCACGGUUCACGAGGCCUCACGAUUCACGAGGCUUCACGGUCCACGAGGCUUCACGAUUCACAAGGUUUCACGGUCCACGAGGCUUCACGAUCCAAGAGGCUUCACGGUCCACGAGGCUUCACGGUUCACGAGGCUUCACGAUCCAAGAGGCUUCACGGUCCACGAGGCUUCACUAAUCAUGAGCUACAAUUUAUACUCGGUGCCUGGUGGUGUACCUGACAUUCUUCUUCUUCUUCUUUUCUCCUUUUUUUUUUCUCUCUUCUUUAUCCACAGCUAAUAUUCGGUGCCUGGUGGUGAAACUGACCUUCUUCUUCUUCUUCUUCUUCUUCUUCUUCUUCUCCUUCUUCUUCUUCUUCUCCUUCUUCUUCUUCUUAUUAUUAUUAUCAUUAUUAUCAUUAUCAUUAUUGUUAUUAUUAUUAUCAUUAUUAUUAUUUAUCCUCUUCUUUAUCCUCUUCCUUUUCUUCUUUGUCUUCCUCUCCUCCGUUACCUCUGUGUUCUAAGUGAAGGCGUGUGUGGAGUGCGGGGAGUGUGGGUGAGGAGUGCGUGGGCGGUGCCGGGCGUGGGGCAAGGCGCGUCAGGCUGGACGUGCACCAGGGAAGACACACGCACGCCCCUGCCCUGCUCUGCCCUGCCCUGCCCACCCCUGGAACCACACUGCGGGUACGGCGGACCACGAUACUUGCUUUGUAGAUACUGCACGUGUGUGUGUGUGUGUGUGUGUGUGUGUGUGUGUGUGGAAAGAAUGAAGGGCACUUAUCUUAUUGCCAGAGAGAGAGAGAGAGAGAGAGAGAGA